AUGGAUCUCCUUUUCAAAAGGCAGAAGAGCCCCCUGAACUACGUUUGUCACAAGACAUACAAGCUAAUGGCCAUCAUUGGUGGGCUCACCUCUCAUAACUCCAAGCAGAUGCCCCACAUCUUGAAUAUCUACAAGAUGCCACAGCUUCACCUUUUCCUGAGACAUAUCCGCUUCAACAAUAGUGCUGGGGAAGAAAUAUUUUUUGAUGAAAAUGGACAGCUGACAACUGGAUAUGAUAUCAUCAACACCAUCACAUUCCCCAAUUUCUCCUUUCACAGAGUCCGUAUUGGAAGAAUAGACCCACUGGUUCCUGAAGAAAAACAGUUCAUCAUCAAUGGAAAUGCUAUUGUGUGGAAUCACAAAUUUAACCAGACCCAACCCAAAUCCACAUGUGUUGAGAGUUGCCAUCCUGGACACAGCAGAACUGUGCGUGUGGGAGAACAGAUUUGUUGUUAUGAUUGUCCUCAGUGCUCUGAAGGAAUGAUUUCAAACUUGACAGAUGCAGACCAUUGCAAGACAUGCCCUGAAGAUCAGCAUCCAAACAGGAACCAUGAUCACUGCAUCCCUAAAUAUAUCACUUAUCUAUCAUAUGGAGAAUCCUUGGGCAUAAUUAUGGUUUUGAUUGCUCUUUUCCUUUCUCUGAUCACAUUUGUGGUAAUGGGAAUUUUCAUUAAAUAUCAGAAUACUCCUAUUGUCAAGGCCAACAAUUGGAACAUCACAUGCACCCUUCUCACUUCCUUGUUGCUUUGCUUUCUGUGCUCCUUCUUAUUCAUUGGACAGCCUGGGAAGGUGACCUGCCUUCUCCGUCAAGCAGUGUUUGGAAUCAUCUUCUCCCUUGCUGUUUCUUGUGUGUUGGCUAAAACCAUCACUGUGGUUCUGGCCUUCAUGGCCACCAAGCCAGGAAACAGGAUGAGGAAAUGGGUAGGGAAGAGACUGGCAAUGUCUGUCAUCUUCUUCUGUACUCUCAUUCAAACUGGCAUCUGUGCAGUGUGGCUAGCAAUUUCUCCUCCCUUCCCAGAAUUUGACAUGCACUCCCAGACUGACCAAAUCAUUGUGCAAUGCAAUGAAGGAUCAGUCUCAAUGUUUUACACUGUCCUGGGCUACAUGGGGCUUCUGGCCAUCAUCAGCUUCACUGUGGCUUUCUUUGCCAGGAAGUUGCCUGAUACUUUUAAUGAAGCCAAACUCAUCACCUUCAGCAUGUUGGUUUUCUGCAGUGUUUGGUUAUCCUUUGUCCCAACCUACCUGAGCACCAAAGGGAAAUACAUGGUGGCCGUGGAGAUCUUCUCUAUUUUGGCCUCUAGCGCUGGAUUGUUUGGUUGCAUCUUCCUCCCUAAAUUCUACAUUAUUGUUCUUAGGCCUGACCUUAACACCAAGGAUCAGCUUGUAAAGAAAAAAUACAUGGUGACUAACUGA